GACAGAGGGACUACAUAUUAAGUGGAUUUUUGACACAAAUACAAGGUCUGGGCUAAAGUUAAUUGGUUAUAGUACAGUUGUAGUGCUGAACCAGGAACUGCAGGAACAUUGACUAACUAAACAUAUUCUUUGUGUGGGCAAUCCAAGAUGGAUUUACACAAGGAAGAUGAUAGAGGCUCAGCAAAGCAGAAGAAGGUCAAAAUUGUUUUUGUUAUAGGUGGUCCGGGGAGUGGUAAAGGAACACAAUGCAAAAGAAUAGCACAACAAUUUGGAUACACUCAUCUUAGCGUUGGCGAGAUUCUACGUCAAGAAAUCAGUUCUGGUUCUGAAACUGGCUCUAUGAUUCAGAAAAUUAUGAAGGAGGGAAAGCUUGUUCCGUCGGAUGUAACAGUGAGGCUUCUUCAACAAGCCAUGCAGGGAAUCAAUAGUGACAAAUUCCUAAUCGACGGCUUCCCCCGGAAUGAAGAGAAUGUUAAAGCAUUUGAGGAUCUUACAAAAAUGGAGCCUGAGUUUGUCCUUUAUCUAGAUUGUCCACAAGACGAAAUGGAGAAGCGCUUGCUAUCAAGAAAUGAGGGAAGAGAGGAUGAUAACGUCGAGACAAUAAGGAAGCGAUUUAAAGUUUUUAUGGAGUCAACUCUCCCUACAAUUGAAUACUAUGAAUCAAAGGGGAAAAUCAGGAAGGUUGAUGCUGGAAAAUCUGUUGAUGAGGUUUUUGAAUCCAUCAAAGUCAUUUUCUCACAAGGAAAAGAUUAUAACAAGGUGCCACCAAGCAGACACAAGUGCAAAUGCUUGAUACUUUGAAUGAAUGAGUGUCUUCAACACUUGAUCAUUUACAAAUAUAUUUAUAAAUGCGCGAGAUUUAACUU